AUCAACUCCCUCUCCCUCUCCCUCUCCCGCUCUCUCCACUCCCGCUGCUAUCCGACGCCACUCUCCCCGCUGGCAAAACCGAUAAAAACAAAACCACAGAGCAAAAAAAAAGAAAAAGAUUCCUCUCCUUUUCCGCCACACCCACAAUCCUUUUCUCCUCCUCCACCACCGCCAUGCCGCUUUAGCCCAAAACAAAAUUCCACUACUCUUCCCCACCAUAUUCACUCCUCUCAUGGGCUGCGCCACCUCCAAGCUCGACGAUUCCCCGGCGGUGGCGCUGUGCCGCGACCGCUGCGCCUCCCUCGACGAGGCCGUGCGCCGCCGCUUCGCCUUCGCGGAGGCGCACGCCGCGUACCUCCACUCCCUCAACGCCGUCGGCCUCUCCCUCGACCGCUUCUUCAGCCACGAUCCCCUCCUCGCCGCCGAUUCCGCUCCCCCGCUCCUCAACCUCCCGCCGCGGAGGAAGGGAUCCGAUUCCGGCUCGCAUCUCCGCUUCCGCUCCGACUCCGACUCCGACGACGAGGAGAACGCCUCCGCGAAUUCGGAGUCGUCGUCGCGCCAGCAUGACGUCACCCCGCCGGAUCACGCGGGCCUGAAUUUAAAUUUGAAUUUAAAUUAUAUGAGGAAUCAAACGACGCCGUCUGUGGCGCAUACGCAGCUGCCGAUGAGCGCGGAAACUAUGCAAAUUGAUAGUCAUCGGAAUUUUUUCAACGGUUACUCAAAUUACGGCGGCGGAGGUGGAUUUUUGGGUGAUUCUUCCGCGCCAGCUCCUUCGUCGGCUUCGACUUCGAACAACGCGCCGCCGCCCCCGCCUUCGCCGCCGAGGAGUUCGACGUGGGAUUUUCUGAACCCUUUUGAGACCGUUGAGAAGUUCUACCCUGCUUACACCUCAAGCCACGAUUCGAGAGAGGUGAGGGAGGAAGAAGGGAUACCGGAUUUGGAAGAAGAUGCUGAUGAUGAUGAUGGUGAUGCGGUGGUGGUGAAGCUCGUGGAUUUAGCGCCGCCGCGAGAGCAAGCUCCGGUGAAAAACGACGUGGAUUCAAAGCAAAACGUCAAUAAGAGUGCAGUUAUUGCUGAGAAAAGCUCCAAAAAUGGAUUCAAGGAUGAUUUCGAGGUAUUGAAAGAGAUUCAAUUUCAAUUCGAGCGUGCCUCGCAGUGUGGAAAGGAUCUCUCUGAAUUUCUCGAGGUGGGGAAACUGCCAUACAAACACAAACAUGUUUCUUCCAAGAUACUGCAUUUAACUGCAGUCUCCUUCCAGCAUGAAUCUAAAGCCUCUGAUAAUGGUGAGCCUGCCUUCAUAGAUGUGCUUCAAGAUGUCGAACUCAAAUCUAAAAGUCUUUCUUCCGUUUUGCACAAACUUCAUCUAUGGGAGAAGAAAUUAUACGAAGAAGUUAAGGUUGAGGAGAAAAUGAGGGUUGAUCAUGAGCGGAGGGCGAAAAAGAUGAAGCAUAUGGACGAAAGAGGAUCCGAGUCACACAAAGUCGAGGCAACGAGGACUUUGGUUAGGAAUCUUUCGACCAAAAUGAAAGUUGCGAUUCAGGUGGUUGAUAAGAUCUCGAUGAAGAUAAACAGGUUGAGGGAUGAGGAGUUGUGGCCACAGCUACAUGAAUUCAUUCAAGGGUUAACUAGAAUGUGGAAGAUGAUGCUCGAGUGCCACAGCAAUCAGUGUCGAGCGAUUGGAGAAGCCAAGCGUCUAGACACCAUCGCGUCCCAGAAGCACUUCACGGAUGCUCAAUUUGAGGCCACUCGCCAGCUUCAGCACGAUGUUGUCAAAUGGACUCUGUGGUUCUCUCGUUGGGUUGGUGCGCUGAAGGGCUACGUCCGAGCAUUGAACAGCUGGCUUAUGAAGUGCCUGCUCUACGUACCCGAAGAAACCCCAGACGGGGUGGUGCCAUUCUCCCCCGGUAGGAUGGGUGCCCCAGCAGUGUUCGUUGUGUGCAACCAGUGGUCGCAAUCAAUGGACAGAAUCUCCGAGAGGGAAGUGGUGGAUUGUAUGAGCGAGUUUGCCUCGAACGUGCUCUGGGUGUGGGACAGGGACAAGGCGGAGAUGCGUCAGAAGAUGGUGGCGGAUAGGGAUGAGAGGAAGCUCAAGAGCCUUGACAGGGAAGAUCAGAAGAUGCAGAAGGAGAUUCAGUCAUUAGAGAGGAAGAUGGUGAUGAUGAUUCCCAAUGAUGCACGUGUCGUGUAUCAGAGCGAGACCAGUAGAGGAGGGGGUCUGCAGGCGAGCCUGCAACGUGUUCUUGAGGCCGUGGGGAAGUUCACGAGUAACGCCUUGAAAGUGCACGAGGAGAUCUUGCAACGUGUCGAGGAGGAUCAUCGAAACAAACAAGUUUCCUAGCUAGUGUGUUGAGGUUGUUGCUUCAAUCUCUCAUCUAAUCUCUACUGCUUUGAUUUGCAGAAAAUGGAGGCGAAAUCGGAGUGUAAAUGGAAGGAUUUCUUGUGGAAGAUAGAAGUAAGCUAUCAAUUUUGUAAAGUCGUGUUUAGUAAAUGUAUAAAACUUUCUAGCUGUUGUUAUAUACACAUUUGCAGUGGCAGAGCCCCCUGAAUUUUU